UGUGAUGGACACUGUACUGUACGGUUCAAAAUGGUUGAAAAUUCAUGCGCCUGAUGCUGAGCAUUUGCGACGUGGCAUCCAAAGCAGCGCCUGAGUGAAAGUUAAUAUCAAAGCUUUGUAAGUGAACUUGUGAUCUUCUAACCAAGGAGUCAGUGUAAAUAAACCAAUCCGUAUUCAGAAUGCCACCUAAACGCAAAAAGGAAAUAAAGAAUCAAGGCAGUAAAAAGAAGAAAGCUAAAACUAAUAAUGCGAAAAGCAUCAGCCCACAAGAAGUCAAGAAGGAAAAUUCAGAUAUCCCGACAAAUUCUAAUCACUUAUUAGUUCCACCAAUGGUAGAGGGUCGGAACUAUACGCUGACGCUGGUGGACGUUGUCAGCAAGAAGAAAAUAAUACAUUGUAAGGAGUGCACAAAGAAGUUCAGAUUCAAGAGGAGCUACCUGAAGCACCGUCAUGUGGAGCAUUGCAAGUUGCCAACCAGUGUUGCCUGCUCCCUGUGUCCGGUGCGUUGUCCUGACAAUGCAACACUUAAACAACACAUAGCCUCUGUUCAUGAGAGGGCAACAUAUCAGUGUGAUCACUGCAACAAACAGUUUGUGAGGCAUGCACAUGUUAUACGGCAUAAGGCACAGAGUGGCUGCGAUGGCCUAGGUGCUAAUUGGUUUUCAUGCCAGAUAUGUCAUGCAAACUUCAGUAGGAAAGAUAACCUGUUAGUGCAUUUACGUCUACAGCACAUUCUUCGGAAAAAAUUUGCAUGCAAACAGUGUUCGUACAGUACGAGCACAUUUUCUAAAUUAAUUCUUCAUGUGCAGCAUUAUCAUUCAGGUCUCCCACGGAAGUAUGAAUGCGACCAUUGUGGCAAAGUAACCAGCUCUCGUGCAGCCAUCUGCAAGCACCUCGAGAUCCAUGGAGAUAAGAAAUAUGCUUGUGAUGUGUGCGGCUACAGCACGUACACGAUCGAGGUGAUGCGCCGCCACGUGCUCACCCACGUGGUGGAAAAGCCGUACAAGUGCAAGGAAUGUGGAGCCUCCUUCAUCCAGCGCGUGCAGCUGCUCAAACACGAGUUGAAACAUAUUGGCAACACUUGCCAAAUAUGCUCACAGACCUUUGGUUCUAAAUUACAAUUGGCUACACAUGUAAAAAAGCAACAUUUACGUUCUGACAACCGGAAAAAGUUGGUGUGUCCGUUCGAAAACUGUCCAACGACAGAGAAGGAAUUCAGUAAUGAAGAGUUAAAGAUACAUGUCAAGAUGCAUUUAGAGGAUAAACCGCACUCGUGCGAGGUGUGCGGCAAGAAGUUCCGCAACGAGCGCGACAUGCGGCGGCACGUGACGUCGCACACGCUGGAGCGCGCGCGGCGCUGCAUGUACUGCGUGUCCGUGGCGCGCGCCUACGUGCGCGGCGAGCAGCUCGUCAGACACGUCAGGAAGACGCACCCUACUGUCUUCAACGACCAUCUUGCGCAUGUGCGGCGGGUUUUGGGUACAAAUGUGAUGGUGGAGCGCGUGAAGAAGUCUGAGCUGGAGGCGAUAUUGAACGUGUUGGACGCGGAGACAGACCGCAUCCUGCAGGGGUACGGCGAGGGCGUGCUCUACGGCGGCAUGCAGGAGGCCGACCCGCUCGAGCUCUCCGUGCCCUCACCCAAUGCACUGAUGUCAGAGGAGGAGUUGGCGGAGAACCUGAGCAAGCUGCUGGAGCAACUCAUUGACAAGGAACUGCUGCAGUGCUUCGGGUGGCCCGACCAGACUGUGGACGCGUUGUUGGAGAAGGUGAUCGAGAACUGCGGCGCGAAGCCAGCCGACCCUAACAAGUGGACGCGCGUGCAAUGCCUUCGAGAGAACGCCAAGCACCUGUUCAUUUACGUCAUAGAGGACAAGAACAUCGCGCGCAUGCUCGACACACAUACCAUAGACCAGAUAGUCAAACAUAUCCUGACGCAAGUCAGCGAAGACAACGGCGAAGAAAAGGUGGUCGAAAUUCAAAUGAAAGGUACAUGAUAUAAUAGACUUGCAGUUGGGAAAGUUAAAAGCGGAAUGAGAUGGCGCUAGUGAGCUUAAGAAUCGUGGAAAUUGCAAUAAAUAAAAAAACUAGAUUUUUAGAAAAUCUGUUGGGGUCACAUAAUAGAUAAAAUCAUUCUAAAUCUAUGAUUAUACAUUCCAAGAGUCAAAUAUUUACAUAAAAAGCGCUAGCGCCACCUAACGGGAGCAAUAGCAGAUAUUCCUGCCUUCCUAAGAUUAGGGGUUAUUGUUAGUAAAUAGUAACUGCACCAAAACUGAUUAUUUUAAUAUAUCUUUCUCACUUUUUUAUGUAUCUACUUGUAACACUGGCAUUUAAGAACGUCCAUAAUUUUCAUUCCUAAUAAUAGGGGCGAAUAAAAUGUGUAAAGAAAAACAACGGAUGUUGUACAUUGUCUUUGAAAAGGGUCGAUAUAAAGUAGUUUGCAGUUAACAAACUUCGCUUCGACUUUUCUUUUUUGCUCCUAAUAUUUUUUAACAAAUUAAGUUAAGCAAUAAAGCAAAUUCGAAACAUUUUCUGUAAUUGUAUGUAAUGUUUAACAUAACAAUAUCAAUAACAGUAUGAUUACAGCUAGUAUACAAUUGUAUAUAAUAAUAAUAAAAAUGACAUGUUUGGAAUAAUUUUGAGACAUAAUGUGCCUUAUAUAGUUUACAAAGUUUACAAUUUAUAUAAUAUGGUUGAUUGAUUGCUUUUUUAAAUGGAUAAUUUUAUAUUUAAUAUACAAUUAUGUUAACUCAUUUGGACACUUCAAAUAUUUUAGGAACAUUGUUAAACAUUUUGUGGGUAACUUUGUUAACUGUUAGCUUAGCGUAGGAAGUAUACUACAAUAAGUAUAAACUUUUGUUUACCUGUUUAAAUGUUUAGAUCUACUUUUCAGGUGAUUAUGUUAAAGUGUGCAUAUUAUAUUAUUAUAACUAAUUGAAUGAUUUUUUAUAAGUGCAAAAAUAUUGACUUAGGAUGUUCAUUUGGAAUGCAUCAAAAUUGGUUAUGGAUUAGUAGUGUUAUACUACACCUUGAUACUUUAAUAAACGUUAUUUUUGAAAAUUGUUUCCAUAAGCUUAAUUAAUUAGCGAAUGAGAUAUUUUAUAAUAUAAUUUAGUUAUUUUAUUCCCCAGAACAAAUAAAUUUUGAACAUAA